GAGGAUGCCAAAAAAGAGGGGGAGGGGGAGGAUGAGGGGGAUGGGGAGGAUGCCAAAAAAACAGCUCGUGGCAAAUGGAACAAUAUUGCCAAGAAGCUCCAAGAUGAUCACUCAAUUACCAAGUCUGCAUUUCGAUGCUCAAAGCGCUAUUCCAGAAUCUUGCAUCAGUACAAAAACUCCCCUUGGAUUGUUAACAAGGAACCCACUUGCAAUGUUAACAAGGAACCCACUGCUGCUGAAUUGGAGUCAUUUUUUACCAAGAAAAUGAAGGAUGGCUCCAAGAAAAAGAAGGACAAGAAGGCCUCAAAAGAAACAGCAAGGAAAAGGAAACAUGAGCGAUUCCUCAAUGGAGGUGAGGGCACCUUAAAGAAGAAAACACGAGUUUCUUCUGCUGUUUCUGAUUUACAAUCUGUUGCAGUUUCUAAGGAACAUCACUUGGUGGAUCUUGUUCAGGCUGACCCUCUUGCCAUAUGUGAAAAAGUUCUUAGUGGUACAGAUGCAAUUUCAAAAAUUCAAGCUGAGUUACUGAAGAUUCGUGACCAAGAGACUGAGCUUGAAAAGAAAAUGACUGUUCUUGAAGCUGAGUUACUGAAGAUUCGUGACGAAGAGGCUGAGGUUGAAAAGAAAAAGGUUGUGAUUCAAGAACAGAAACUUGACCUGGAGAAGAGGAAAGAGGAACUCUCCAAAUAUUUGGUGACACUCCUUAAAAGCAGCAGCCUUGGAUGAUACAAGCAUUAGUAGGAAAUCUUGAACUUUCAACCUUCAACAGUUCCUCAUUUGAAGCUAGCUGCAUGAAAAACUGUGGGUAACGGUGGGAAUGAACAGUUGCAACGGCCUCGCGCAAAUUCUCCGCUUCACUUGAAUGCUGAGGAUAUCAGAUUGAGGAACAACCAACACUUCAUUCAAUAAUUUUAAUUCAUCUAUCCCGGACCAAGAAAACUUAUCAAACAAGUAUUGGCACACACUAUGAAUACUUGUAGGAUGUUCCUCAUUCAUGUUGCCCAUGAUUAGUUCAAUUACUGAUGUACGAAGAGUUAAAGAUUCACCAAUCAUAGUCUUAAUGACCACUGCACUGUAUACAUCAAGUGGAACAUUCAAUUUAUAAAUGAUACUUGUUUAAUCUCCAACUCUCAUUAGCAGCUCGCGAACGCAGCUGGACAUAAAUACCUUGCAGUCUGUCGUCGUGGUAUUUUUCUCCAUGACCAUGAGAAGGAUACAAAUUUUGCUGGCAAAGUGCAGAAGCAUGAAAGGCCAAUUCAGUAGAGGAAUAUGAGACUCGUCUAUACCGAAUUCACGAGCCUGGGAUGGUAAAUCCACAAAGCGGGGUUCAAUGCCUGCUUCGUGCAAUGCUUCAAUCACAAAAUGUUUGAUAUAGUUAGAUACUGCACAUAACAUGGAUCCCACAUUAGCACAUAACUCCCUGGGAUCUGAAUAC